CAGAGGGGCGGCCCGCAGCUGCGGAUCUUCCGCCCCAACUUCUUCAUGGUGGCGGUGCGGCCCGGCCUGCCCCAGCCCGAGGACACCGUGCAGUUCCGCGUCUCCAUGGAAAUGACAAAAUUGGAUAUCAGGAAUUACCUUGAAAGAAUAUACAAUGUCCCAGUAGCUGCUGUGAGGACCAGGAUACAGUAUGGUGCAAACAACAAGAGGAAUCACAGGAAUCAGAGGGUGAAGAAGCCAGAUUACAAGGUUGCCUAUGUACAGCUGGGCCAAGGACAAACCUUUCAGUUUCCCAACCUAUUUCCAGAGAAAGAACAAGACGCAGAAACUCGCUCUUUUGAUGACUUCAGGGAUAAAUAUAUGGAGAAAGAGAAGCAGAAGCAGGAAGGUGACCCCAGACGAGGUGGAGUCCCUGAUUGGUUUGGACUUUGAUGCAACAAGCCAGCUGCCUUCCUUUAGGCUCAGAGGGAUUUUGAUUAGCGCAACGUGCACUCUUCUCGUAAUGAUCGAAUGUUUAUUCUUGAGCAGCCCUUGCUAAUGUGUCUUUUUUCUGGCUGUUUGUGCAUGACUACAGCAAAAUGGGCCUGAGGAAAUAAAAAGGUGAAAUAAAUCUGACUGCACCAGG